AUGGUCAAGGAUACAAAGUAUUACGACGUGUUAGGUGUACAGCCGGAUGCUACAGCGGAACAAAUUAAGAAGGCAUACCGAAAGAAGGCUAUCCAAACGCAUCCAGAUAAGAAUCCGAAUGAUCCAGAAGCGCAGGCGAAGUUUCAGGAGGUUAGCAAGGCUUACAAGGUGUUGAGUGAUGGAGAGCUGAGGAGUCGGUAUGAUGAGGUAGGGUUAAGCGACGAGCGAGGGGACGUGAUGAUGGAGGAAGAUCCGUUUGAGAUGCUUAUGGCGGUGUUUGGUGGGGAUUCGUUUCAAGAGUGGAUAGGAGAGUAUUCAUUUUUGAAGAAUUUGAUGAAACAGACGGAGCUGUUCGACUAUGAUGAGGAGGAAGAGGAUAAUGAGCACGGUGAGACAUAUGAUAACGAAGAGAGUAAUAGUGGCAGUGCGAUGGCUACGGGGGAUGGCGGUCAGUCCGGGGUGGGAAGAGCGACAGCUGGUGGAGUCGGAGCGGGAGCGGCGGCCGAAGCCGCUGGUGGUGCUGGGGCUGGCGCUGACGGUAACGGUGUGGUGGGAAGCGGAGGAGAUUCGACAGAUGGUACGAGGAGCAUGCAUCUGUCGUCUUACAAUGCCAGCAAUGAACGGGCAUCGGCCGCUUCGACAGAUACAGUGGGGAGCAUGGGGAGCGGCGAUUUUGGUUCUAAAAAGGAUAAGAAGCACCGGCAGCGGGAGAAGUUCUUGGAGUUGGAAAAGGAACGCCGGGAUGAAAAGAAGAAGCAAAUCAACGACUUGGCCAGAAUAUUAGACAAGAGAGUAACGGACUAUCAGAUAGCGGUGAUUGCGGGGCGUGUUGGGGAAUUCGCGGAGAAGUUACAAACUGAAAUUGACAAGUCGUUAAAGACAGAGAGUUUUGGUAUAGAGCUUUUGCAAUUGAUUAGUAAAGUCUACAGAAGUAAGGCGAAUAACUUCUUGAUGUCGCAAAAGACGUAUGGAUUUUCGCGAAUCUUCACUGGUGUUCAUGAGAAGACGAAAUCUGUCAAGUCAACGUUUAGCAUGUUGAAUUCCGCAAUGAAUGCUAUGAGUGCCCAGAAAGAGUUGGAAAAGUUAGAUUUAGAUAGUAUGAAUCCAUACGAACGUGCACAGAUCGAAUUUUUGAUACAGGGAAAAUCAAUGGGUAUGAUGUGGAGUUUAAACAAGUUUGAAUUGCAGAGUAAGCUAAAAGGUGUUUGUGAUCGAUUAUUGGACGAUAAAACUGUACCAGCCAGGCAGAGGGUGGGCAAAGCCAAGGCAUUGUUGUUCAUUGCUGAUAUGUUUAGCAAGGCACGCAGAUCGGAGGGUGAUGUGGACCCGGCAAUUUUGGAAUUCGAAGAGAUGGUGCUACAGUCAAAAAACGUUAGAAUCAAAACCAAGAAACAGCAGUCUAAACCUCAUGUUGAGUCUGCUCACAUAGACUACACUAAAUCGAAUCCUGGGGCAUAUGCUGCUGCUGCUGCUGCUGCCUCUUCUCCUAACGCACCACCCCCUUCGGCCAACAUCGACACUGACAAUAGCGACAACAUCAAUAAAACCCCUCAAAGGUCGGCUUCAACACGUCCAUAUACUUCUCAUGGAACUCCUUCUCCACGCCCUUCUGCUGCUCAUCCUUCUAGCACACAACACAUUCCUACUGCCUCUACCCUCCGUGCUACACAACCUUCCAACACUUCAACUCGUAAUUCUCGUCCCCGUAGUUCUCCUCGUGUUGCCGAUCCCAUCCAUUGA